CUAGGCACCUGUGCUUUCAUCACAACAAUAUCUUAGAUUAGAGAGAUGGCGGCAAGUGUGUUUACUUGUAACGCGCGUGGAUCGACUGUAACGAAUUGUGUGUUCAUAGCGAAAGUAUUGAAGACUGACUCUGCUUCAUGUCUCAAAUUACAGUCAGUUCAGCAUGUGCGACAUUAUCACAUACAGAAGCACAACUCAUCGAGGCUGCUGGCUGGAAAAGCAGGAAGAUGCAUGCUUCAGCCAAAAUGGACGAGAAGUGGCAUGCUUGGAAUGGCUGCUUUAAGGUUAUCAAGUACCACAGCAGAAACUGGAACUAGCUUGUCCGAAACAAUCCUUGAAAAGAUACCUGAGCCACCAGUACCUCCACCACCAGUUCUUGAUGUAGCAUCAGAAGCUGCACAGGCAGUUGGUACAGAACCAUCAUUCGUCAGUUUAGGUCUUGGUGGAUGGUCACCUAUAGGACUUGUUCAGCACUGCUUAGAAUUUCUCCACGUAGAUUGUGGACUUCCUUGGUGGGGUUCAAUUGUUGUAGGGACAGUUGUAGUAAGAGUCCUGAUGUUUCCUCUAGUGAUAGCUGCUCAAAGAAAUAGUGCUAAAAUGAAUAAUAAUCUUCCUCAGCUUCAAGUAUUACAACUUAAAAUGACUGAAGCUAGGCAAACGGGAAAUGCAAUGGAAGCUGCUCGAUAUGCUCAAGAACUAUCAGCAUUCAUGAAAGAAAAGGAAAUCAACCCCUUCAAGAAUAUGCUGGUUCCUUUGGCUCAGGCACCACUCUUCAUCUCAUUCUUCAUAGGCUUGCGUAGAAUGGCAAAUGUCCCUGUAGAAAGCAUGAUGACUGGUGGACUCUUCUGGUUCACAGAUUUGACUGUGCCUGACCAAUAUUAUUUGCUGCCUAUAAUAACAAGCUGCACAAUGUUGCUUACUAUUGAAAUUGGGGCAGACUCAGCUCGGCUCCAGGCAGCAAAUAUGGGAAUGAUGAAGUAUGUCCUCAGGGCUUUGCCAAUAUGUGUGUUUCCAUUCACCAUAAAUUUUCCUGGCGCUAUCUUAUGCUACUGGGUUUCAUCAAAUUUUAUCUCACUACUUCAAGUAGCAUUUCUGAGGAUACCUGCAGUGAGAACGUAUUUCAAGAUCGAACCUCUUAUUACAUUCAGUCCUGAAACAUUACCAAUGAAACCAAAAGGAUUUGUAAAAGGUUUUAAGGAAUCUUGGCGCAAUGUUCAGAUUACAAAGGAGCUUGAAGACAGGCAAAGGUUUGACGAAGUGCAGUUUCAGAAAGCUGGCAGGGGUCCAAUAGUAAAAACUUACAAACAUGAUCCCACAAGGGUAAUACCAUCUGUCAACAAUAAGAAUGUAGCAGCAAAGAAAAGAUAAUGAUUUUUUUGUAAAAAAAAUACUUAGUUAAUUUAAGAAACUGUACAUAAAUAAUUAUUCUUAUUUAUAUAAAAUGCCACCUAAAUUAUUUUGGAGAUGGAAUGAACAUACAAACUAUUAAAAGGUAAAUGUGUUCAUCAAGCCACAAA